AUGUCAGCCUUAGAGGCAGCCGAAAGGCUCUCCGCCAUUGCUGGGAGCUUGCCGCUGAGGCCUGCAUGGGUUGAUCAGCAGCGCGACGUGAUCGGCAGCAAUCUCUCGGUUGAGCAGGCCUCAGACAGGUUGCUGCAGCAACUUUGCGCAGCAGAUCUGCGAGAUGCCUGCGACGGUUCGUUGCCACGUGGGCUUGACCGAAUGCACGAUAUUCGCAUUGAGGGUCAUCACCUCCUGCAGUUGUUGCAGAAAGUCGAUAUUGCAAAUCCUUCUGCCGCUGAUGCAGAUCCCGCCGACGAGGAAGUCCAAGACGGGCUGGGACAGGAUCCCUCUCGACGGCAAGGAAGACAAAGGGCCGUAAUGCUAAAGGUGGUGCUGACUGACGGUGUGCAGGCCAUUUGUGGGAUCGAGCGGUGGCCAAUCGCUGCGUUGCGACAGGCCAUUCCUGGCUCCAAGCUGGUUCUGGGCAACAGGCCUCUGCUCAGACGGGGUCUACUACUCCUCGAGCCUCAACAUUUGGAAGCUCUCUGUCCACUUGCGCAGGCGGGCGGCGCCGAGAGGUCUGAGGCCUCAGCUCCUCCCGCGUCUUCCGCGCCUUCCGGCCAUGAUGCGGCCCCACAGAGGUCGAUGGCACCCCCCGGUGCUCAGCACGCAGGUUUGCCAGGCAACGUGAGCCACGUGGAGGGCAAGGUGCAGGUCAUCCGCUGCUACGUUGCCAGCGCGGCUCCGGAUGCAGGCAGAGCCAGUCUUCGGCUGCAGCUGUGUGACGGCGAAGGCUUAUGUGAAGCGCUUCUGCCACCGCCAGUCCUGCAGCAAGUGCUUGGCUCUGGGGAUCUGGACACCCUGCUAGGCCGAGCUCGGCUGCUCCACGGCUUCUUUCGGCUCUCGCAGCAAGGCCAGAGCUUUCAGAUCGAGUCCUUCCGCCUUGGCCCUUCUAGGGAGGCCCUGGAGCAACAGCUGGACCACCUGGCUGCGGGCGGCGCCGAGAGGUCUGAGGCCUCAGCUCCUCCCGCGUCUUCCGCGCCUUCCGGCCAUGAUGCGGCCCCACAGAGGUCGAUGGCACCCCCCGGUGCUCAGCACGCAGGUUUGCCAGGCAACGUGAGCCACGUGGAGGGCAAGGUGCAGGUCAUCCGCUGCUACGUUGCCAGCGCGGCUCCGGAUGCAGGAGCGUGUUGCUUCGCUGGCCCUCUCGUGCUGCCAGCCGGACUGCACUGCAACAGGCAGGCCGAGCUCGGCUGCUCCACGGCUUCUUUCGGCUCUCGCAGCAAGGCCAGAGCUUUCAGAUCGAGUCCUUCCGUCGUGGGCCUUCGACACAGGAUCUGGAACAUCAACUGGAUCGAGCUACGACAGCUAGCCAGAACCGAGAUGCUCCUGCAAGCCAACAAACAAGAGCUUCGCCUUUUGCUUUGA